AUGGCUGUCAACCUCCCAAUCCCCUUCAUCCUCCUCCUUCUCCUCUUCCUCCCUCUCCUUCUUCCCCUCCUACGUCGGAAGCAUGACCUUCCUCUUCCCCUCCUGGGAAACCUGCAUCAACAAUCUUGGUCUGAGCCCUGGAAGACCUACAGAGAAUGGCAUGAAAUGUAUGGCCCGUUGAUCUCCUUCAAAAUCGGCCCGUACCAGGUCAUCUCCGUGGGUAACCAUCAAGUCGCAAAGGACCUACUGGAAAGACGCGGUGCCAUCUACAGCUCACGUCCCGAGUCUGUCUGGAGUCAAUACAUGACCAAGGGUCUGCAACCCGUGUUCCAAUCGUACACCAACUCCUGGAAACUGAUUCAUAAGCUGCAGAUGCCUCUGUUGAGCACCGUAGCCAUCAACGCGUACCUCCCCUUACUCGAUCUGGAAACAAGACAACUACUAAUCGAUCUCCUGCUGCCGCAGUUCAUCUCCGGCCCCCUCGCACGGUUCGCAUUCAGUACGGCCUCGUGUCUCCUGACCGGCGAGCGCGUCAAAUCGGCCGUCGCCGUCUCAUUCCACGAGGCCAAGGACGUCAUUGACGGUUUCUUCAAGGAUAUCCACUGGACGUACAUCCUCCUGGAUCUCAUCCCGGGGGUCAAGUACAUGCCCAGCUGGCUCAUCAAGUUCAAGCAGGUAAGCGACGCCUUCUACCAGAACGCCGUGCGCACCUACAACCGCCUCUUUGGCCGCGCCAUCCACCUCCGGGAAUGGACCUGGGUGCGCGCCGUCAUGAGCCACCGCGACGCGCAAAAGACUACCUGGGAGCAGAUCUGUUUCGCGCUGGGCGAGCUGUGGACGGCCAUGUCGGUGACCACCCCGGUCAUGCUGAUGGUCUUCACCCGCCUGAGCCUGCUCAACCGCGAUAGAUUCCUCCAGCUCCAGCAGGAAAUUGACUCCGUGUGCGGGCCCAACCGCCUGCCCAGCCAAGAGCUCGUCGAGCACCUGCCCUACCUCAACGCCUACAUCCUGGAGAUAUUGCGCCUCGACACCCUCAUCCCGCUGGGCUUCCUGCGCUCCGUCGACAAGGACGACGAAUACAUGGGCUACCGCAUCCCCGCCAACACCAUCAUCAUCCCCAACACCUGGUGUCUCGACCACGACGAGUCGCUCUACCCGGACCCGUAUGGCUUCCACCCUGAGCGUUGGCUGGCUGAUCCGGAUCUUCCGCUAGGUGCCUUUGGCUUCGGCCGCCGCAAGUGUCCCGGGCGUUUUCUGGCCACUCGGUCGUUACAGCUGGCAAUUGCCCGUAUUGCCUGGGCGUUCAAUCUUGUCUGGAAUGCGGGUCCGAUCCCGACUUCCCCUCGGUAUGCUGGGAUGAUCCUGCGUCCGCGUGAUUUCUUGGGCGUCUUCCAGCCUCGCAGUCUGGAGCGCCGGGCGGUGAUUGAGCAGGAAUGGAGUGAUGGGGAGCGCCUUGAGGAUCACUAUACCGAUUUUCAGAUGACCUAG